GGUACGAGGCGAUGCACGUUCAAGGCAGGUGGUGGAGCGGCGACAUGGGCGGCCGAUCUGAUUGUCGGCAUGUACAUCUGGUCGCAUUUCCUAUUUCCUGUAGUUUGUGGAAAAUCAAAUGUGAUCCCACAGUCUAGGGACUUGGUGCUGCAAUUGGUCGAAAGGAUUCUCUCUGGACCGAAAGCUCGAACUAUUCUGUUAAAUGGCACUGUUCGGAAGGGGGAACACAUAGUACCACCUGCUGUACUUGAUCUACUCAUGCGGGCGACUUUUCCUGCUUCUACAGCUCGAGUCAAGGCAACUGAAAGAUUUGAGACGUUUUAUCCUACUCUAAAAGAGUUGGCUCUUAUUGGUUCUGGUACCAAAACCACAAAGCAAGCAUCACAACAGCUUUUGCCUUUUGCCAUCCAAGCGAUUCAAGAAAAUAAUUCCGAGCUAACAAAGGAAGCGACGGAUUUGUUCAUCUGGUGUUUAACUCAGAAUGCUGAGUGCUAUAAACAGUGGAGAAUGUUGGUGUGA